CUCCUCCUCAUCCUCCUCCUCUUCCUCAUCUGACACCAGUGAAGAGGACUCCAGGUGAAGAGGACUCUGGGAAGGCACAGGAAGUGGGCUCUCUGCAGCACACUGAAUCCAGGAUCUAUGUUUACUAUAGUGUGUCAAGGGUUUAAUGCGUCAGCUGACAUACCGUCAUAGAGAUGAUGGCCACUGGUUUUGAGCUGGAGUUUGACGGUGAGGAGCUCUGGCACGUCGAGACUAAUGAUUUCACAGCAAAGCAACGUUUGAACGCAGGCGACUGGACCCUUGACCGCAAUCUGCCUUCUGUAGCACACUUCUCCAUCGGCAGCUGCUUCUACAAUAUUCCUCGCUGCAUCACAGGAGAGAAAAAUCCCUCCGAAUCAAUGGAUCUGUCCACAGUUCCUCCGUCUACGCAGCUGUACACCAAGAGCGACGUGAAGCUUGGUGUUGAAAACACCCUCAUCUGUUCAGUGACCGGCGUCCACCCGCCGCCGGUGAACAUCUCAUGGAUGAGGAACGGCGAGCCGGUGAAUGAGCAGGACGUCAGCGAGACGCAGUAUUACUCCAAUCCAGACUUCAGCCUUCGCCUGUUCUCCCACCUGAACUUCUGUCCCAAGAGAGGAGACAUCUACACCUGCAGCGUGCGACACAGAGGACUGGAGCGGGACAUCACCAGGUUCUGGGAGGUGGAGGUGCCAGAGGACUCUCAGGAGGUGGAGGUGGUGGUGCUUGUGAUCGGAAUUCUUGUGGGAUUUCUGGGAUUUGUGCUGGGAAUCGUUAUAGUCGUAAUGAGCAAGCUGGAGCUGCGGCCUGAAUGAACACAAACUCUCAAACAGCCUUCUGUUCUUCUGCCACAAACACUCUAAAUCAUCUGUUUAUACUGAUUUUAAAAUUAAU